UAAUAUUAUUACUACACAAAGAAGAAGAAACAGAAUCUGGAUUGAGUGUACAUUCAGUUCUCUCUGAUAGCAUUUUCAGAAGCAACAGAAAUGGGCGCGUAUUGCAACGACGCCGUUUCAAUUCCACCGCGUUACGACGUCGUUUCCUCUCGAGACAAACACGUUCAUGACAACGUCCACGGCAACAUCUUCAUUGAUUCUCUGAGUUUGAAGUUCAUUGACACUGAACAGUUUCAGAGGCUUCGUGAGUUGAAACAACUCGGUUUCACACACUUGGUGUAUCCGGGUGCUGUUCAUUCCAGAUUUGAGCAUUCUCUUGGAGUGUAUUGGAUUGCUGGUCAAUCUGUUGAAAAGCUUAACAGUUAUCAAGGCAUGGAGCUUGGUAUUGAUAAAUUUGAUAUGCAAACGGUGAAACUUGCCGGACUAUUGCAUGAUGUAGGACACGGGCCAUUCAGUCACUUGUUUGAACGGGAGUUUCUUCCCCAAGUUAACAGCGGUUCCCAUUGGUCGCAUGAACAAAUGUCAGUGAAAAUGGUUGAUUAUAUAGUUGAGGAACACAAUAUUGAUAUUGAAUCUCAGAUGUUAACAAGAGUCAAGGAGAUGAUAUUGGCAAGCUCCGAAUUUUCUCUUCCUAGGAGCUCAAGUGAGAAAAGUUUCCUGUAUGAUAUUGUAGCAAAUGGACGAAAUGGAAUCGAUGUUGACAAAUUUGAUUAUAUUGCCCGUGAUUGUCGAGCUUGUGGUCUUGGAUGCAACUUUGAGUUUCAGAGGUUAAUGGAGACCAUGCGGGUUUUGGAUGAUGAGAUUUGUUAUCGUGCGAAGGACUAUCUUACAAUCCACAAGUUGUUUGCCACUCGGGCUGAUCUGUAUAGAACAGUUUAUACUCAUCCAAAAGUAAAGGCAAUGGAGCUUAUGGUGGUUGAUGCACUUGUGCAAGCAAAUGAUUUUUUGCAGAUUUCAGAUACCAUUCAAGAUCCAGCUGAAUACUGGAAGCUAGAUGAUUCAAUAAUCAAAACCAUCGAGACUUCUCCAUUGGAAGAACUGAAGGAAGCUAGAGAGUUGAUUCUGCGCAUUCGAAGGAGGAAUCUGUACCAGUUUUGUAACGAGUAUGCUGUUCCAAGGGAUAUAAUGGAUAAUGUUAAGAAAGUCACUCCACAGGAUAUAGUUUGUUCCCAGAAAAAUGGUGGAGUUAUGUUGAAAGAGGAGGAUGUAGCUGUAAGUAAUGUCAAAAUUGAUUUGACUCGCGGAAAGCACAAUCCUCUAGAAAGCAUCCACUUUUUCAAGGAUUAUGAAAGUGAUGAGAAAUUUACAAUUCCCGAUGAGCGAAUAAGCCACUUGUUGCCUGCAUCUUAUCAAGAUAUGAUUGUAAGAGUAUACUCGAAAAAGCCAGAACUGGUGGAAAAAAUUUCAGAGGCAUUUGAAAAUUAUCAGCUUAAAACAUAUGGGAUCAAAGCACAGGUACAUUCGACACCAAAGAAGAAACGUCGUUACGAUUCAUGUAUAUGAGGGUCGUCUUUUUCAAUUUCUUUCGUAUGAUUACCAUAUUCCUACUACAUUUUUUUUGGCCUUUUUUCUUCAUUUUUUUGUAUGAUGCUUUUUAAGUAUAGAAGCAUUCAUGUUUUCCACAAAGGGAAUAUAGUUUUGAGUUAAUAGCAGCUGUAUACUUUGAAGAGUUGUUAUUUCCAUACCAAAAACAAAUGCUACACUCUGUUGACGCUGUAAUUGAGUUUACCAUAUUAAAGAAAUCUAUUACAUGUAUGUAUAUAGCAAAUGAUUUUUUUCUCCAA